AUAGCUGUCACGCGCUCCAUAAUCGCCAGUCUGUUUAUUGUAUUGUUGAAAAGAAGUAGCAAAAGCAGCAGCCUCGCGUCGUUUGUUACUUAGUCAAUCGCAGUGAAGGAUAUGCUCUCGGAAGCACUGCUGCAAGGCAAAGCAAAGAUAUCGGGCAAGUAUCGGGUCGAUCAGCCGAUCGAGAAUCUUAAAAUCAGAGUGAGGAUCGUGCAACAAAAAUCGCUGCUAUCGGAACUGUUUGAAAAUGCCGAGGAGACUCGCGACGCAAAUUUCCUCGAGGAAGAGGUGCACACGUUCGCUUGGCAGGAGAAGCGAUUCGGCCCGUACGAGGCCCGCUUCUACAGGGACGAGCGCAACUGCCUGAACGAGCGCCAGAAGGGGUACCAUCGUCGGCUGACCUCCGAGCGCAAUGACGAGGAGGAGGUCUGCUCGCGACUCUACUCGUACGUCGAGGGAGACGCAUACUACGUGGAGUCGGCUCCGUUGUCCGACAACGACUUCAGAUCGCCGCUGGCCUCGAGGAACGAGCGAGCCUUGCCUCGACUGAGCAACCGCAAGCCCUUCGGCGAGAGGCACAACAAGCAGGUGAUCGACCCGGCGCCCCAACAUCAGCGAAUUCGCCAGAAUCACUACUUUUACGCGGAACGCCAAAGCAUGUACAUCGUGGCGGACCUGUCACCGAGAGACGAGGAGGAAGCCGCCAGCAAGAGCAGCAGCAGCAGCCGCGGCAACAGCGACUCCGAGACUCUGCUCUGCGCCCUGAGCUACGACCCCGGCCGCAAGUGCCUCACCGUCAGCCCGGACUUUUCGAGCCUCGAGUGCUACAGCUGCCAGGCCACGGGCAUGAGCUACGACUACUGGAUCGAGCACGUCUCCUCCAAGCCUACGACGCGCGACAUUCAGCGCCGCUCCGACACCCUUAAAAAGGAAAAUCAAAGAAAGUUGAAGCAACAUCAAAGUGAAAUUUAUCGAGUGUUGGAAUCGCCAGCCGAAGCUCGAGUCCUUCGAAUGCACGUGAAUUUGGACAUCGGUUCGGCUCAGGACUUCCAACAAGCCAAGGAUACCGGCUUAUUCGUGAGCUACUUCAUCGAUUUGCCGAGCGACUCGUGGUACUCCAAGUCGAAACUAGCUGGGCGAACCCAACGAUCUCGUGUUAGCCGUUCGACGGAUGUCCAAGGCAGACGGGUCAACUUCUCCCAUACGUGCGAGAUCGUACUGGAUUUGAACUACUUGAGCGAUUGGCAGUUGUGCCCGUGGCCAAGAUUAUUGAUCUCCGUUGCUUCGCUCGAUGCUUGGACCAGAUACAGAAUCGAAGGUUACGCGUCCAUGGUACUGCCUCGUAGCGCCGGACACUUUUCGUUCAGGCUACCUGCCUGGCGACCGCAAGCUGGCUUCAUUGACUCGCUCAGACGUUUUUUCACCGGUGGCACUUGCGAGCUCGACGACAUCACCUACUGUGCCGUACCAUCGAUGCAGCUCAACUCGACGUGUCUCGACAAGAGCAAUUUGAAGGUCGUGCCAAGCGGUAGCGUCGACCUGACCGUUAACAUAGUCCAACAGUGUCGACAAUUUGUCAGCCACAGACCAGAUCAGAAUAAAAUCAAAGCUGGACGCUUGCUCAAUAAAGUCGACGACGUACUCACUCAAUUCAAAGAAGCGCGAGAGCGUAUGAUACAGGCUCGAGCCAUGUGCUCCUGAAACUUGUCCUAUAAUAAAUAGAUAUGCUAGCAAUUACUUUUAUUCAUUUAUUAGACGCACUAAUUAUUUACUUUUUUCAGACAUAUAUUGAGAAAAAAAAAUUGAUACUAUUGCUUAAAAGAAUGUAACAUCACGUAUUCAUUACAUCAGGGGAACAGGAUCGGUCAAUAAAAAUAAAUCUUUUUUUUUUUAAUUUCCUUUUUAUUUUCAUCUUCUUUCAGAUAUAAGAGAACCUUAGUCAUUGGGGACAUAUUUUGUCUUAACCCCAUAGUCAGUUCGUGGCUUUCAUCAUCAUUUUUCAGCCCAACUUCUAUGCACUACCUAACGUUACUUAUUGAUAAUAAUCAAUAAUCAAUAAUGACCGCGCACUGGUAAGGAAAUCUUACUCGAAGUGAAAUAUAUCAAAUUUGCAAAAUCUAUUUUAUCUCGCUUUCAUAAAGAUUGAUCUACCAGUGCAACAAUAAUUAUGUGUAAAUAAUUAUUAUGUCAAUAAUAAUUUGGAUCUAGUCUUGUUUUUCGAUCCUUUUUAAUCUUAUCCUCAAUACGUAAUGUUAACCAAUAAUUAUUAUAUUUUUAUGUAUAUACUUAAAUUUUAACUCUUUUAAGUUAAAUGUAUGUACUAUGUACAAGCUUACAUUUUUAUACCUUUUUUCAAUCAUUUUAUUUCACUUCAGUGUAUGUGAAUUAUAUGCGCGUAAUCACUUUAUACUGAGAGAAAUUAGAAAUUAACAAAAAAUGUAAAAGAGUUGCGAUGUUGCUUUAAUCGCAAUCACUAUAUGAUAUAAUAUAAACAGCGUAUCAACUAUGACAUUUCACUUGCGUUUUUCUUUAAAGACAGUUCAGUCUUGUUCCGAUAUCAUUCACUCUUCAUCUCAUUUAUUUAAUUCCAUAAAUCUAUCUAAAACGACUAAUCAUGAUCAUCAUUUAUACUUGUGAGUUCGCAUUAAUUAUAACAUAUUUCGAUGAACGUUCAAUUAUAUAGCAGACACAUUUAUAUUUAUCAGAAUCAUUCGUAAUUAUAAACAGACACACCAUUAACACCUCAUUCUUUAGUAGUUUCAUUCAUUUUUUCAACGAUUAUACUAAAGUUUAAUCAUAUUUACAAAAGCGUCUCUGCAUUGUUAUGUAAAGUUGCAUUUACAAGUUUACCUUCAAGUUUUCAAGUCAUUGUUUAUUCAGCAUUCGAUAAUGGUAAACAAACUUCAUCGCUACUCGGUUUCUAUGUAGUAUUUAUAGUUACAUUAAAAAAAAAAAAUUCGACGAUGGAAUGAACGCUGGUUCGUUCAACUAUUAUUUUUUUGUUUCAUUUUAGCACAAAACAUUUUUCAACGUUUUCAUCAUCGUAUUAUUUUCGUUAUAAGCUGUUGAUUAAGACCACAAAGUGUACCCAGUAAUUCACUCUUUUUUGAAAAAAAAUUUUUUUCGCCUUUUAUGUAAAUAUUUUAAACUGGCGCAGAGAAAUAUUUGUUGAAGAAUGAGUGACCACUACGUACACAUUAGAAAUUUUGCGCAAAACAAUUGCAUUUUAAUGAAUAUUUUCUAAAAUUUAGCAAAGAAUAAAAAAAUAUUGUAAUCUACAAUUUUUCACUUAAAUACUU